AUGGCAUCUUCCUUCAACCGUGCAGAACAUGGGUUAUGUCUUAACUGCAAUAAGCCCAUGACAGCCUAUCUCUGGUGUAAAUCCUGUUGUGCCGACAAGUUUAAAGAGGACUUUUCCAAAUGGACUAGUGGUGAUGCAGCUCUAGAUGAAUUUAUCAGGACGACACAACUGACUGCUACCAAUAAUCAUGGUGUUAUGGAAUGGAUUCCUUAUAACGAACUGCGAAUUACUGGAUAUCUCGCCAGAGGAGGGUAUGGCGAGGUGCAUAGCGCUGUCUGGAGGAAAGGCUAUGCUAAAUAUUUGGAUUUCUCUACUCGUCAGUGGAAGAGAGAUGCGGAAAUUUUGUCUGUGGUAGUCAAAAUUUUGGAUGGUUUGAAAGAGAUAACUGAAAGCUUUCUUUCUGAGCUUCAAGCAUAUUAUAGAUGCGCAUCGAAUGCAAUUCAGAUAAAUCAUUGCUUCGGCAUUACUCGAGCACCAGAGACAGGAAACAUCGGCCUUGUUCUUGCAAACGUACGAUUUGGAGAUCUAGCCAGCUACAUUCGCACAGAACACACCAACUUGACAUGGCUAGAUCGUGUUGAAUUGCUUUGGAAUGUAGCCGACGGUUUGCAAGCAGUUCACUCCAAUGGAUUAGUUCAUCGCGAUUUUCACAGUGGUAAUAUACUGAUGCCAGAUUGUUUUAAGGAAUUAAUGCAACGAUGCUGGCAUGAUAACCCAUCCAUAAGGCCUAGUUCAGCAGAGCUAAAGGAGCAAUUAUGGAAAUGGUUGUAUGAAUACGAUUGUGAGGAGCAUAAAGAGGUUGCACGUGCAAGUAAGAGACAACAAAGAAGACAAAAUUCAAGGAAGAACACCGAUGAAAGCCAAACUGAAAGUUCUGAUUCACAAAAGACACAUCCAAUGGCACUAUAUUAUAGUACCUUAUUGCCUACACUCAAGUUAAGUCAACUUGAAGAUAAUAUGAGCGAAGGUAUGUAUCCUCAUCCGUAUUCUUAUUUAUUAAUUGAUUCACUGAUUAACGAAUAUAUUCAAUAUUGA